CAAACCCUUGGAGGAUCACCUUGUCUCAGCAAGCCACCCUGAGAAGCCCAGGAGGACCCGAAGAAGCCAAGAUCAUGACCGCGCUGAGUCUAGCAAACAUCGACUGGAAAUGGAAACAGAACACCCUUGCUCACCAUACGAACCGGUACAAUACGAAGGAGCUGGUGGUGCGGCGGGGGCAGCCCAUCGAUCUCACUCUCACCUUCCGGGGGACAAAACCAUCGGGGAGCAGCCUCACCUUUACUGCAGAAACAGGGGCCACCGCUGCUCUUCAGGCAAAGACACGCGUGUCCUUUACCGUGUCCGCCACACCACAGAGCGGCUCUUGGGGUGCCGUCCAGACCUCUGCUGAUGCCAGCUCAGUGAGCGUCUCCAUUUUGAGUCCACCAAAAGCCAUCAUUGGACGCUACAAAUUCAGCGUGACGACUGGCUCCGGGAGCAGCACCAGUCUGGGCACUCUGGUCCUGCUCUUUAAUCCUUGGCUGUCAGGAGACGACGUGUUCAUGCAAAAUAAUGCUGAGCGCGAGGAGUAUGUCCUCUCCGAGUUUGGCCUGGUCUUUGUGGGGAGUGCAAAUCGUAUCUCUCACUCCGGCUGGAACUUCGGGCAGUUUCAAGAGGACAUUCUGAACAUCUGCCUUGUCCUCCUGGACCGGAGCAGAAGCUACCUCCAGGACUCCCACCGUGACCUGGCUCACCGGAACGACCCCAAGCACGUUGGCCGGGUGCUGAGCGCCAUGGUCAACAGCAACGACGACAACGGCGUGCUGCAGGGGAACUGGAGCGGGAACUACCCUGGGGGGCAGAAUCCGAGCAGCUGGACGGGAAGCGUGGACAUCUUGCGGAAGUGGAAGGCUGCCGGGUUUCGGCCGGUGAAGUACGGGCAGUGCUGGGUCUUUGCUGGCGUGCUGACCACCGUCCUCCGGUGCCUGGGAAUGCCCGCCCGCAUGAUUACGAACUUCAACUCUGCCCAUGACACAGACCGAACCCUGACAGUAGAUGAGUACUACGAUGCCUCUGGAAACCCUCUGAGCAUGGGAGCAGAUAGCGUCUGGAACUUCCACGUGUGGAAUGAGAGCUGGUUCGUGCGGCCUGACCUGGGCGCCAUGUACAGCGGGUGGCAAAUUUUAGACGCAACUCCUCAGGAGAGAAGCACAGGCCUGUUCCAGUGUGGCCCGGCUUCUCUGACCGCCAUCAAAGAGGGAGACGUGGAUCUGAAGUACGACUGCCCCUUUGUCUUUGCUGAGGUCAAUGCGGACCGCGUCACUUGGACGUACAACACGGCCACAGGAGAAACCAAGAGAGUGUACACGGAGACCAAGUCAGUCGGCCGGCACACGAGCACCAAGACUGUGGGCAGCUACGCCCGUUUGGAUGUCACCAACAAUUACAAAUAUGAAGAAGGAACUGCUAAGGAAAGGGAAGUGUUCCAAAAAGCUUGCACAAAGCUGAAUCUGAAUACAAUGAGUUCCACAUCUGCUAGGCUGGCCGCACCUCCGGAGCCCAGCGUUUCAGGGAAAUUCAAGGUGGAGAGCACCCCUGAAGUGGGCAAAGAUGUCCACUUAGCCUUGAUGCUCACCAACCAGGCUUCAGAGCCGAAGAAGCUGGAGGCGCACAUGACAGCCUGGACCAUUGUCUACACGGGGAAGCCAAUCCAUGAGGUCUGGAAGAACGCCCAGUCUGUGACCCUGGGCCCCAAAGAAGAGAAAACCUUCCCGAUAAAGAUCUCUUACGAGGAGUACCAGAAGCACCUGACCACAGACAACAUGAUCCGCACCACAGCCUUGUACCAGGUGGAGAAGGAGGGGGAAGCGCUGGUGGAACGCGUCGUCACCCUGGACAACCCCAGCCUCCACAUCAAGGUGCUGGGCCCGGUCAAAGUGAGCGAGGAGGUAGAGGUGGAAGUGACGUUCACUAACCCUCUCGACCAGGAAGUCAAGGACUGCGUGCUGCUGGCCGAGGGCAGUGACUUGCUGGAGGAAAAGCUCAAGCUGAACGCACCACCACUGCUGGCCAAGCAGCGGGGAACUGUCCGGUUUUCAGUGACCCCCAGCAAGGGAGGGACCAAGCAGCUGCUCGUCAACUUCUCCUGCGACAAAUUUCAAGACAUCAAAACCUUUGAGACGGUGGAAGUGGCCGAGUAAUUCUGACGCAAGCGGUGGCCAGGCCGCGGGGGUGCAGGGGGUGCGGGGGGGGGCACAGCUGCUGCGUCACAAAGCUUGAAUGAGCAAGCGGUUCUGCAUGGAAGCCUUGUCAUAAUACACACGGCCGUCUUUUGUCCGCA